AACGCCGAAUUUCAUAUUUUUGGAAAUGAAAAGUCUCUUUGACACUAUUGUAAUAUUCGGGAUGGUCACGUUCUGUGAGAGUUCCGUAUCCUCACAAGAAGAUAUUUCUGCUUCUGCAGAAAUUACUUUGACGACAGCCAAGGAUCUUGGCGAUGUUUCUCCGAAACCAACGAGUUUAUACAGGAGGAUAAAUGUUGAGCGCAUCGACGAGUUCUCAAGCACUCCGCUGGAUCUGUUCCGUGUAAGAGAGCCUCAAAGAAGAAGUCACAUGGACUCUGUAUGGAAAUGGGACUUCUGGUGCCAAUUACAGCCGAAAAUCGGCAAAUGUUCCGACACUACGCGACGAGAGCAAACAGGAGGAAUAAGGCAGAGCUACUAUUAUGACGCCCAACUGGACACAUGCUUGCCAUUCGCUUACUCCGGAUGUGAUGGCAAUAAAAAUAAUUUCCCAUCAUUAAUUGACUGUGAGCGCCACUGCAAGGGUUCAAGCUACAUGACGUUAAAGGAUUCAACCAGAACAACUUAUUGCGCCCUGCAACCUAAUGCUGGAUUAUGCAUGUCUUUAAUAUCGAGGUAUUACUACGACGUGAACGUAAACGACUGCAAAGUUUUCGUGUACGGCGGUUGCGGAGGCAAUCAGAACAGAUUCACCACCUAUACGGCUUGUAAGGACCAGUGUAUACAAUAA